AUGUUUGAACUCUAUCUCACUCUCGUCUUGCUUAUCGUACUAUCAAGCACAGAUGCAGCUCCGGCUAAAUCCGGUUAUCUUAGUUGUUCCGGAAAUAUAUCAUCAGUGACCGAUAUUGAUCGUGUUCAUUUCGCGAUGAACUUGGAGUACACGGAAGCCGAAUUCUUCUUGAAAGGUGCUACCGGAAAAGGGCUCGAUGCGUUUAACGCGACGCUUGCUAAAGGUGGACCAGCCCCGAUCGGCGCCAAGAAAGCCAAUCUUGAUCCUAUAACUAGACGAAUCAUCGAGGAGUUUGGUUAUCAAGAAAUCGGCCAUCUUAGGGCGAUUGCGGAUAUGACGGGAGGGAUUCCACGUCCGCUGUUGAAUCUGACGAGAGAGAACUUUGCAAUGUUCAUGGACCGAGCGGUUGGACGAAGAUCGAACCCUCGGUUCGAUCCUUAUGCGAAUUCACGCAACUUUCUCUUAGCUUCAUACUAUAUCCCUUAUGUUGGCCUCACCGGUUAUGUCGGGACCAUUCCUUACCUUGUCUACUUCAAUAUCAAACAGCUUGUGGCGGGUCUUUUGGGCGUGGAAUCGGGUCAAGACGGAGUUAUAAGGACGCUCCUUUACGAGAGACAGAACGAGACGGUGGAAGAAUACGGCGGGAUCACGGUGGCUAAGCUGACCAACGAGAUAUCUAACCUCCGUAACGAACUCGGUAUGUGCGGGAUAAAGGACGAAGGCUUGUGCGUGCCACCGUGGCUAGGAGCGGAGAAUAGAACCACCAGCAACAUCCUCGCCGCCAAUCCAUACUCUCUCUCUUAUGACCGGACAGCGCAAGAGAUCCUCAGGGUUAUGUACGGCACCGGCGAUGAGCAUCAGCCUGAUGGGUUUUGGCCGUGUGGUGGCAAUGGGAGGAUCGCGAGGAUGUUUCUUGAAGACGACGUUUAUCAUGGUAAUUGCGGUGCAUACACAGAUGGCAAUUGA